GCCAAACAAAGCGCAUCUGGUUUUGCACUCAAAUAUCUAUCUCAUUCUUAGCUGGUUUGAAACAGUGGGCCAUGCAACUCUCCUCCUUGGUUUUAUAUAGCUGAACCUUCCUUCACUCUUUCCUCACCACACUCCUCAAAUCACAAAAACCUUUCAUCACAACUCAAAACCCUUCUCAGAGACCGAUCAGAUGGCCAAGACAGGGAAGCUGACGAAGCUCAAGUCGGCCAUAAAGAGAUGGCCUUCCUUCACCAAACUGGCUCGCACCACAAGCUCCAUAGCCGCCGCAAACGACGACUCAUCCUCCGCCCAGUACGACAGGGCAGUGAUCUCCAGGCAACUGCAUGCCGUCUACGUGGGGAAGUCACGGCGUCGGUACAUGGUCAGCUCCGAUGUGGUGGAGCACCCCAUAAUUCAAGAGCUGGUGGACAAGUCGUGUGAGGAAGAAGAAGGUGUCGUAGUGGUGGCAUGCGAGGUCGUGCUGUUCGAGCAUUUGCUGUGGAUGCUGCAAAACGCCGAGACUCAGUUGGGUUCCAUGGACGAGCUGGUUGAGUUCUAUACUUGCUGACAAGAAUUGAAGGGGGUGCUGAGCUAGCUAAUUGUAAAGAUAUUGGUAGGAGAAAUUAAUGUGUUUCUGUGUGCUUCUCUAUGCUUGUGUAAGUCCUUUUCUGGACAGCGAGAAUUACUUCACCCAUUGCAAUUUUAUUUCCUGCUAAUGGCAGAGAUCGACCCGUGAUAAAGAACUGGAUCGAUCGUUGAUCAUGUAUCACAUUUUAUAUUAAUACAAUUUUUCAUAUCAUUGAAACUA